UCAGGACAAUAGACCUACUUUGUCCUAAUAAGCUUAUCAGUUAAAAAAGUGCAGUGGCAUUGUGAGUCUUCAUUCAGACUUGGUACACAUGUGUCUGUUUGAAUGAAAAUGAACCUGGUUGUGUAUUGUGUUCGGUAUUUUCCUGUUCCCAGUAAUACGUUUUGCCGAGACAGGACACCUUGGAUUAUCCAGUCAUUUAGUCCAAAGGAGACAUAAUUAGAUUUAACGCUAAAGACCUAAUAUUAUGGAUAAAACAAAAUGGAGGACAUUGUUUGUAGGAGUUGUGAAUUAACUGCAUAAUAAUUGAGUUUGCAAAAUCUUGCAUGGACUUUGGCAUUAAACAGAAAACAUCUUAUUAAGUUAAUAAAAAGGAAGUGCUUGGUAUAAUGUUAAACUACAAAGUCUUUAGCUGUUGGAUUUAUACGUGCUUCGGAAAUUUUGAUUUGUAAAUAUGGACGAAGGUACCAAACCAACUCGCCUUUUGCUAAGUCCUCCUCCUCUGAAGGUUAACUACGACCAGCUUCCUGUGAGUCCAAGGACUCGAGCGAGUUGGUCAGGAAAAUCGGAUAGGGGAACCUCCAAACUUGAGUCCGGUGUCAAGAUUUUGAGGUCUUCCUCGUUCCUCCACAGAUCUCGAGAGGGGCAGGAGAGAGAAAGGCGAAGGUCAGGUGAUCAGGAUGAAAACAACAUGGCAGAAAACCAUAGGUCAUCGGCGGAGAAAGUGAUGCCCAGGCAACGAAGGGUGGAGAGUUUUCAUGGAAGAAGCAAAACUAGACAUUCUUCAUCCCACGCAGCUGGUUCAACAACAAAUCAAGAUCCAUCUGUGACAUUCCGAAAUCAUCUAUCCUCCAGUUCCAUUUCUUUGUCUUCCUCUCACCCCUCGUCUCCAAGAGAUCCCCCAUCAAACAAGAACCGACACUCCUUUGGAUCCACCCCACCAGUAACAACCCAGAGUCAUUCAAUAACACCAGGGAGGCGCAGUUUACCAGCUCACUCCUCUAUACCAGCCUCAUUUAGAAACACAGAAAUCCUACCAAACAAACAGCGACAUUCCUCAGGAAACAGUAACUCGUCCACAGGGUCCGGUCACAGAGCUUCCAGUCGAGGCACCCAGAAUGAAGAAUCCUCCAGAAACUCCAUGUCCAUGAAAGGAUGGAACACGAUACAGGAUCUGUCACAGAAACAACAGAACUCUGCCAGAGUGGACCCUCCCAGUGGUAGCCAUGUAGAGCCGAGCGGUGCCAAUCCUCGCCUAGGACAUUUGUCUCCAGCUACGUCCUCACCUAGUCUCCACAUGGCAAAUCCACAACAGAAGAAGCCACCUUCCCCCCGAUUGGACCUGUAUAAGUCUAGCUCUGACAUCAACAGCUACCCUCAGCCUCUGUCUCCCAGGAGUCCAACAAAUGCCUCAUUUUCAUUUUCAAAAGGGUUCAAGAAAAUGGCGUGGAGUCACAAUGCCGAUUUUUCAUUGGGAUACCAGGGUGAUAAAAUGAAGGAAGUGAGGCAGUCACUGCCAAGCAAUAACAAACCUUUUAAGUCAGACUUACAUGAUUAUCAGAACAUUAACGAAGUGUCCUCCUCUCAAACUGAGGUAGAUGCAACAGACCUGGAACUUCAGAAACUGACACAGCGACCUCCCCGUGAACCUUAUGACCCUCGACCCCCGUGCUCGCCUCCAGCGCCCCCUGUUAGGGAUGUGUCUAGUUUACAGUAUGUGAAUAAACCGCAAUCCCAUGAAAAGUACCCUUCCUGGCCUGUCACACAGCCAAACCUGGAGACAGAGCCUGGGGAACCUAUCAACUCCCCAAAACUAAAACCGGCAUUCCACCCUCAACUCGGGCCAGUGAAUGAACGAAAUAGUCCCAAUAGUGAAAGAAAGGGUGGGGAUGACUAUAAAAGAAAUGCCAGUGAUCCUGGCUUCAAGAAACAAACUUCAUUAACCCGUUUCAUGAAACGUCCAACUCCGAGUGACCACGAAAAAAGAACAAUUAAUUUGGAAUCAAAAAAGAGUGCAGAAAGUCAAAUGGAACACUUCUUCAGUUCUUCUCCAGGCUAUCCGAAUCCAAUGAUGGAUCAGGAUGGAAAUCGCAUUGGAGAUGAGAAGUAUAACAUUCCUUCACCUCCUGAGAGAGAGAGUCGUGCUCCAGAUGAGAAAACUCUUUCAGAAAAAAUUGCAUCCAUUGUUGGACCUCACCAUGAUUCAUGGCAUGGAAGUAGUGGUUAUCAUAGUGAUUAUAAAAGUCGUGAUUCAUCCUCAUUCAGUGACAGUCCCCACCAGGACUAUAAAAAACGGGACAGUUUCACACGAGAAGGUCCAGAGAAGUCACCAGUGGUACGUGGGUUAGUGGAUACUGGUACAAAUCCCCUGGGUAGUGAUGGAAAGAGUGUCAGUAGUAGUUCCCUACGAUUUGAGCCACCAAGGACUUACGUGGUGAAACAGAUGGUGUGUUAUAACACUGGAACACAAACGGAGGAUAAGUCUUCCACAGAAGUUUCUUCUAGUGACAAGUAUUUCCAGGAAAAAUCUAUUCAAGCAAGGUUGUCUAGUUCUGAUAGUGACCAUUUCAAACAACCAGACAGUCAACGAAGGGGUGCCUAUUCUGGAAAUCUAGGAGAGAGCAAGGAAACAAAGAAGAAAGAAAACUUUCCAGAGGAAUAUUCAUCAAACAUGGCUCCAAUGCUUAGAAAACUUACAAAGGAAUACUACGGUGGCAAACUCAGUGGAAGUGAAAAACGCCUGUCUUCUGCUUCCAGCCAGGACAGCAGCAUUCGCAGUCCUGGAUCUGACAUGCCAUCAUUCAUACAGUACCCUGGCAUGAAGGAGGCAGAGUCUUACAGCAGUGUUGUUAUUCACCCUCAUGAAAACUCCAUGCCUUUCGGACGUGACUAUGCGGAAUCAAAAUCCAGCAUCAGCGAUUCAAGGCAAGAUGUGUCUGGAUUUGAGAGUGAAAGAGGUUCGGUGUCAGAAUUGCGAUCCAAACCAAUGAGACACGGACUUGACCCUUCACUGUAUUCUCCAAAGUAUCCCCUGUACACAACAGGGAGCAGAUCUGAUUUGAAUAGAGAACAAAAUCGUUUAUUAACAGGCCAUGACAAACAUUCAAAGAGCAUAUCUAAUAUUGAGGAGUAUAAUCGAGGUGUUCAAAACAAUGACUCUUCUCCCUCUAUGCCAAACAGUAGCAACUCAGAUUCUCGUUCUUCCACAAGUACUCGCUACAGUUCUGAGUCCUCCCUGCCCUUUCAAAAUUACUCCAAACCUAGACAUGAAUCGACAGACUCUGUGUUCACUGAUCCUUCUUCUCCAUUAACACCAGGAGGUGCCGAGGGACCUCGUAGACCGAACGACUUAAGCUCAGGUCGUCAGAUGGGAAGAAGCGCCUCCAUGAAGAAAGCUUACGGUGUGUUCGAAGAACACAUUCACAAGAGACAUGACAGUGAUUCGCUGUCUUCUUCCACCCUCUCCUCUUCCAGUGUUGUACACUCCCGGUCUCACUCCACAGAGUACCUCCGCAUGGAUCACUACCAGAAAAUGCAUGCAGAGAAUAAGCACAUGGCUUUGAUACGAGAAGACUCCCUAGAAAACCGAUCACAGGACCAGCGCUGGGAGGAUAUGGUACGAAAAUCCAAAAGGUCUCAAGCUGAUAAAUCUAUGAACUAUGAAAAUAUUCAGUUAGGAAACAUGGGUAACGGAAAUCAUUCCUCAAAGGGUUUCCUAGCAGUCUCCAAUUUGAAGAGGACUUCUUCAGAACAAAUAAGACCAAUGAAGGAUCGUUUCAAUGAAAGAUCCAGUGCUCGGAAACAAGAGGAUGAAAAUAGAGCAGUGAAAUCUAGUGAGGAUCCCAGAAAUAAGUUCAAGUCGCCAAACCAAUCUCUGAUGGAUUUAUCUUCCAAUGAUCCUUCAGAUUCUAGUUUUGAUCACAGACCAAGGUCAACGUCUGAUUCUAUUCCUAAAGACAGCAGUAAUUUCUCUUCCUCAGUACGACAUGUCUCGGAUCCUGACAAAGCGUCACCUGACAACCCAGAUAUUUCCUCCACACAAAUACAAAAUGAUUUCAAUAAAGAUUCCAACUUGAAAGAUGUCCAGCGAACUGCAGUCCAGAAAUUCAUGGACAGGGUAACUGGAAAGAAAACCGAUGAAGAAACAGAAUCCACAGUGUCCACGGCUGAGACCACCACAUCUUUGACUCCAUCUGAAUCAUUCCGUCUAAAAUAUGGCAGCCGGGCAGAGCGACAGGAGAGCCUUCGAAGAUCAAGGUCAAUAUCCUCAAGAGACUCUGAUUAUAUGGAAAUGAGACGACCAGAGAGACAGCAGACGGAAUGGAGUCGAAUUCGCUCACAGACGGGUGGUAGCAGGCCCCACUCCAUUGGGUCUGACUCCAGUUUAGUGGAUCCCUAUGCCAUCACUACUCUGCCCUCAUUCUCUGAUUCGGAGCAACACCAACGAAGCCAGAGUGACUCCACAGGCAUUGUCUCUCAGCCCAACACAGAUGAGUUGAGGUCAGUUCCUGUGAAAGAUCAUACUGGUAAAAACGACGAUCAAAGUUCUGGUGGAAUUUCAAAGAAUUCCUUAUACCAAAAUGUUGGGUAUCGUCCCCCUCCCCCACCGCCUCAGGGUGGGGAUGAGGAAAAACCACCCGCCUUACCUCCCAGGAAUUACAGGAGGUUCUCUGCGAGCCAGUCGGAUUCCUCCCUACCUCACAGGCCUUUAAUUCCACAACCACUGAACAAGGAGAGGCCUUCUCUUGGUUAUGACGGACAUUCCAGCGAGUCGAGAGGAAGGUGGGAUGACGACAAUUACGCGGAACAGCUUCGUAAACAGUCCAGACGUCUUUCAGAACAGCAACAUAUGCCCCAGCCAAUGACUUACAAAACCACGAAGACAUCCAUUCAGUUUACACAGUCUUACAAACAGCAGCAUGUGGAGGCCUUAGAGGCCACUUCACCUAAUGGCUCCACCUCUUCGUCGGAACAAUUCUUCUCCUCUCGUCGAUUGUCUGCCGGUCAGCAACCUCCAUCACCAAACAGUGCCCCCAGUGUUCCUCCACUGCCUUCAUCAAAAUACAUGCCAUCUCCAUCCAGUCCUCAGAUCUCACCCAAAGGAGAGAGUCUGUCCCGACCCCAGCAUUAUCCGGAUCCAAAGUCGUACAAUUCUCCAGAGUCUAAAGCGGAUAAGCCUCGUGUGGAUAUACCACCUGUUACUCAAGGUUGGCAUAGUCGGCCCUCGCCCAGCAGCCCAGAUCCCCCUCCCCCACCCACCCCUCAGAAAGAACUGACUGCUGAUGUAGAUCUGCCUCCACCCCCACCUGAACUGAUGGAAAACUCCCCGGAACACAAAGAUGAUAGAAACAGAUAUGCAGAGGAUUCUUACGGAUCAUACAAAAAUCGCACGGAUCGCCAACCGGGAGUCUACAAGCGAUCAGCCUCCUCGGGGGAUGCCCUAAAACUUCUACAUGAAAACAACAACUAUAAACAACAGGGGGACAUACAGAAGCCUCUCAGAAAGAGGCUACAGCCUGGAUGGAAGAGCGAGACGACAGUCAAUCAUGAGGACCAGAUACAGGAACAGCCGGAGACUAAAGAUCCUGUCCGCUCGGAUCGACCCCCACCACCCCGGCCUUUACUCUCCACACAGAGUGCUAGUCACCUUUUGGCACCUAAGCCCUACACAGCACCAGAGUCCAGCAGGAGUAACAGUUUUUCUGUGUCUUCCACGGACCAGGACUCCGUUAUAACAGCUCCACUAGCUGAGAGACGGUCAGUGCAGGACAGAAUCUCUUCAAUUGAAAGGAAGCAAAGUCUCUCCCGGGAGAGACCUGAAGUCAGGCAAACAACUCCACAAGGUGGCCAGUAUUUCAGUAAGAAAUCGUACGAAAACUUUUCCAAGUCCUUCUCGGCAACUCCUCCAAGGAGGACGUAUGAAACGGACAAAUUCAGUGCAAGUGUAAGUGAAACUUCUUUGGGACAAAGACAAAAUUCCAAAUUUCAAGAUCCUACUACCACUCCAAACAGGAGAACCUACUCUCCGGAGCAGAUAGCUUCCAAUGACAGAAGCAAUGAGAGCCCACCCCCAGUGGACAGAAGUCCUGGGAGUGGUUACCCAGGGGGCCGUAAUAUCAGAAACAGUGAAUCUAAUGGGCAGAGUGCAUUUGACUCCAAUUCAAAAAUGUCUUUCAGUGAUUCGAAAAGGCAAUCUCCAAGCAAGCCUAUCUCCACAAACUCUUCUAGUCCUUCAGAAAAGAACACUGUCAGUGACUUGGUACAGCACAGCCGGCAGCGAUCCCAAGAAGAACUGGAGUGCGAUGCCAAAGUUCAGGAAUUUGCCAAAAUUUAUGAGAAAAAGGACCCGAAACUGUCCAGUAUGUUAAAGAGUGAUGGCGGGAGAAUGCAAUACAUGGAUGGCUUGUUCCAUACCGAGAUUGAUCAAGACAUACUAGUGAGGCGUUCUCCGAAAACUUCCCCCAAAUCAUCCAGUGUCGGCAAUGAUCAAGAGGCCCUCCAAUCUGUCACUCCAAAGAAGGAUGGAGUACCAGAGGAAGCGGAGAAGUCACCUCUACCAUCGAACUACUGGGUGUCCCCUUCCAAGGCCCUGAUAGAGAUGAACAUACGACAGAGCGAGGGAAUCGGCAAAGACAUGACCAAGGAUAUCGACGACUCAGACAAAUUAAUCAAAACGAAGGAAGAACUGGUUGAUAGUAUACAAAAGAAAAUGGACAAGUUGAAAGAAGAGAAGAAAGAGCUGACAAAAGAACUGGAGGAGACCGAGACACUGGGAAAAGAGGUACAAAAAGCAGUUGAAAGAAAGUGCAAGAAACAGCAUGAAAAGGACAAGUUUAAGACCUACAUUGGUGACAUGGAGAAGAUCAUACUUCUUCUACUGAAGGUCUCGGGCUUAUUGGCGCGAGCAGAGAAUGCCCUUCAAAGCCUUCCAGAGGACAGUAAUGAACGACUCAAAAAAAUGGCUGCUGAUAAGCGAGAUAGAGCAAAGCAACAGCAUGAAGAUGCCAAGGUGUUGAAGGAAGACAUAGAAAAGCGUAGUGGGCAGAUCGAGGUGUUCUUGCAGGAAGCAUUGAGUGAGGAAGAGUUUGCUGAUUACAAAUAUUACGUGAAAAUGAAAUCGAAACUGACCAUUGAGAAACAGGAGCUUGAGGAUAAGAUAUCGCUCGGAGAAGAACAGAUAUCUGCUCUCAAGCUGAGCAUUCCUGAGAAACACUGAUGGAGCAUUGGUUCCCCUUUGUGACAAAGUGCUAUACAAUGUGAUAUUAACUAGCAGUACUAACAGUAUUUACUGCCGAAUCAAAAUUGUGAUUUUGCUAAUGGCCGAUUCCAGACUUUCGAUACGACAACAAUGGGCGCAAUUGGAAUCUCCUAAAAGCAUUGCCGGCCAAUAAUGUGUACAAUGUCUAAAUACGAAAUUCAUAUAUCUACUUAUUUAUAUGAAUGAUACCAAACCUAUGGGCAUGAUCUCGAAACGAGUUUUUCCGCGGUCAAGGAAAGACAUGCGUCAUUAAAUGGACGGCAGUAAUAGUAGAUCAACUGCAUGUUUUGAUCAAAGGUAGUCAUUAGUGUCAUGAACUAUACAUGUAUACUGGCGGAAGCUUUCAUUGAUAUUGUAAACUUAACCUCUCCACACGGCCAUAAUAGGUACUGCAAAUGUUGUUAAGUUGGUGCUGUUGGGUGAAGCUCAAACUUUGUUGUACAAGUUGUACAGACAUUACACGGUGUAGUUAUCAGGAUUUGUGAUUUAUAGACAAGUCUAUUUACGUGAAACUGUUUAGAAGUUUUGAGAUAUGUCUGUACGUGAAUGAGAAAUUAAUCAUGUGACAUUUGAACUGUGUGUGCGAGUAUGUAUGUCUGAGAGUAUGCUAUUUAUUUCAUUUUUUAGUGGAUCACACAUAUAAAUAUUUAAACCUGUUUUUUAACUCAUUCAUAGUACUCAAGUACAGCUUUCAUUAUAUGAGCUACAUUGUAUAUUGGUAGAUUAUAACAAGCGAAGAAAAAAUAACAUCCAAACCACAUAAUGAUCAUAUCAACUGAAAUCAUUCCAGGGGAGACUAGUAGGUCAUUCCAUAGCGUUAUAAAAAAAUUAAAAACGAAUACGCAAACCACAGAAAACAAUAUUUUGAUACUACAUGUAGCAGUUUUUUAAUGCAUACUGAGUCGUGAGGGUUAAGUGUGUGCUGAUGACACAAUAUUUUGUUAUAUAAAUACAAGUAUUAUAUAUUUUAUGAUGAAUGCAAUUUACAUCAAUACAUGCCGUUGAAAUAUGUUUCCAUAGAAAUAAAAUGGUGUGUGAAAAGAAAA